GCCCGAGCAAGCGGCCUGCUUAGCAGUCCCCGGUUGAGGGUGGCGGUGGCCACCCGGCGCUGCUUCCCCCCAUUGUCCCUUUCCCGUCUGUCCCCUGUUCUCUCCCAAGGACCCCUCGCUCCCAGCGUCGCCGCCUCACUAGUGCUGGCUGUCGGGGUGCAGGGUUCCUUUUGGCAAUCUCCGCUCUCCAGCCAGAUAUACCUGCCCUCCCUGCUUGGGCUCUCUGGCCGCAGAGUUGCAUGUAUGACCCUUGCCCUGUGGUUCCGUGUGCGGGGCACGGAGGACUCAAGGCCCUGGGCUCUGUUGGAGGCAAGAUAUUUGCACCUGAGGGAGCAAUAAUGGCGAUUCAGGGCCGUUUUCUCCCCGGAGCUUUGUAUAAUAAGGCAAACUGAGGCACAGAGGGUCUCCGUGUGCUGUGACCGAAGCGUUGACACAGCCCCGUCUCCGUAUUUGCCCUAUGCGUGGUGCAGGGUUCACGGGUAUACCUGUGAUGCUGUUAAAAACAAGAAUGUAAACUAACCCUAUGUUCACCGCCCCUCACCUCCCAAGUUGUUUUUUUUUCUUCUUUUCUUCUCACAGUAGAAGGUCAUGAGUUGGUUUUGUGGCAUAAAGCAUGACCUUUUGAUCUUAAAAAAAAAAAAAGGCAUCUGGCUGGGUUCUCUUUCUUGUGUUCCCAUAUUUUCUCAUUUUCAUGUUAGAGUAACCCAGAUUCUCAUCCUUUUUUGCACCUUUUGUGGUGACGCUGACGAGUCUGUACUUUCCUCAGCCAGUGGGUAUCAGACUUUUCCCAUCUGGGGCGAACACACCGACAGAGGGAAAGAUACACGCUGGCAUUGCCCUGUACUUGUUCUCUUACGUGCAAACACUUCCAGAAAAUCUCACUUUAAUGAAGAAUGCUUUGACUGUAACAGCCAUAAAAUGAUUUAAAAACAUAUUACUACUAGGCCUAAAGAUACGUCUUUUGUAAAGGAUAGUAGACAAUGUAGACAUGGUAGGCCAUUUAUGGAAGAUUCUCACAGACUGUGAUCUACUAUUUUAAAUGACUGCAUUUCUGCCAGAAGUGAAAAUAAAAUCUUUGCACAGACUCCUUAUAUAAAUAUGGUGACUCCUGAGGAUUGAUGCCCACUGGGAUCUAUUACAUGCAAUGGCUUUUUUAAUACCCUACUACAGAAUACUCUUCAGUAUCUUCUCAGAAUUUUUCUUUGUAUUUCUUUCCUGGAACAACUCUAUUGUGUGGACAUUUUGAGGGGGAAAGAUACAUUUAUUUUAAACUUUUGAAACUUGUAGCCUGUAAUUUGUUUCUGAAUGUACAGAGCAUGAUGGCGGCAUCUGAGGUAGCUGGUGUUGUGGCCAAUGCCUCCAAUCCUCCGGAAUCUUCUUCUAGUUUAUGUGCUUCCAAAUCAGAUGAAGGUCUCCCAGAUGAUCUAAGCCCUAAAGACCCUGCACAGAAGCAGAAGAACUCGCCUCUGUCGAGUGUAAGUAGCCAAACGAUAACCAAGGAGAAUAACAGAAAUGUCCAUUUGGAACACCCAGAGCAGAAUCCUGGUUCAUCAGCAGGUGACACUCCAGCAGCGCACCAGGCUGUUUUAGGAGAAAACUUGAUAGCCACAGCCCUUUGUCUUUCUGGCGGUGGGUCUCAGUCUGAUUUGAAGGACUUGGCCAGCACAGCAGGAGAGGAGGGGGACACAAGCCUCCAGGAGAGCCUCCAUCCAGUCACUCGGUCUCUUAAGGCAGGGUGCCAUACAAAGCAGCUUGCCUCCGGGAAUUGCUCUGAAGAGAAAUCCCCACAAGCCUCCAUCCUAAAGGAAGGUUGCAGGGACACAGGCUUGGAUUUCCGACCUGUAGUACCUCCAGCAAAUGGGGUUGAAGGAGUCAGAGUGGAUCAGGAUGAUGAUCAGGAUAGCUCUUCCCUGAAGCUUUCUCAGAACAUUGCUGUACAGACUGACUUUAAGACAGCUGAUUCAGAGGUAAACACAGAUCAAGAUAUUGAAAAGAAUUUGGAUAAAAUGAUGACAGAGAGAACUCUGUUGAAGGAGCGUUACCAGGAAGUCCUGGACAAGCAGAGACAAGUGGAAAAUCAGCUCCAAGUGCAAUUAAAGCAACUUCAGCAAAGGAGAGAAGAAGAAAUGAAGAAUCACCAGGAGAUUUUAAAGGCUAUUCAGGAUGUGACAAUAAAGCGGGAAGAAACAAAGAAGAAGAUAGAGAAGGAAAAGAAGGAGUUUUUGCAGAAGGAGCAGGAUCUGAAAGCUGAAAUUGAGAAGCUUUGUGAGAAGGGAAGAAGAGAGGUGUGGGAAAUGGAACUGGAUAGACUCAAGAAUCAGGAUGGCGAAAUAAAUCGGAACAUCAUGGAAGAGACAGAACGGGCCUGGAAGGCAGAGAUCUUAUCACUCGAGAGCCGGAAAGAGUUGUUGGUAUUGAAACUAGAAGAAGCAGAAAAAGAGGCAGAAUUGCACCUUACUUACCUCAAGUCAACUCCCCCAACACUGGAGUCAGUUCGUUCCAAACAGGAGUGGGAGACAAGACUGAAUGGAGUUCGGAUAAUGAAAAAGAAUGUUCGGGACCAAUUUAAUAGUCAUAUCCAGCUAGUGAGGAAUGGAGCUAAGUUGAGCAGCCUUCCUCAAAUCCCUACUCCCACUUUGCCUCCACCCCCAUCAGAGACAGACUUCAUGCUUCAGGUGUUUCAACCCAGUCCCUCUCUGGCUCCUCGGAUGCCCUUCUCCAUUGGGCAGGUCACAAUGCCCAUGGUUAUGCCCAGUGCAGAUCCCCGUUCCUUGUCUUUCCCAAUCCUGAACCCAGCCCUUUCCCAACCUAACCAGCCUUCCCCACCCCUUCCUGGCUCACAUGGGAGAAAUAGCCCUGGCUUGGGUUCCCUUGUCAGCCCCCACGGUCCACACAUGCCCCCUGCCGCCUCCAUCCUGCCUCCCCCAGGCUUGGGCGGUGUUAAGGCUUCUACUGAAACUCCUCGGCCCCAACCAGUAGACAAACUGGAGAAGAUCCUGGAGAAGCUGCUGACUCGGUUCCCACAGUGCAAUAAGGCUCAGAUGACCAACAUUCUUCAGCAGAUCAAGACAGCACGUACCACCAUGGCAGGUCUGACCAUGGAGGAGCUGAUCCAGCUGGUAGCUGCACGACUGGCAGAACAUGAGCGGAUGGCAGCAAGUACUCAGCCACUCGGUCGGAUCCGGGCCUUGUUUCCUGCCCCACUGGCCCAAAUCAGUACCCCAAUGUUCUUGCCUUCUGCCCAAGUUUCAUAUCCUGGAAGGUCUUCACAUGCUCCAGCUACCUGUAAGCUAUGUCUAAUGUGCCAGAAACUCGUCCAGCCCAGUGAGCUGCAUCCAAUGGCAUGUACCCAUGUGUUACACAAGGAGUGUAUCAAAUUCUGGGCCCAGACCAACACAAAUGACACUUGUCCCUUUUGUCCAACUCUUAAAUGACGGACCUGACUGGGGAGGAAGAAGAAGAGAAACUGAUGUGAACAGGAAGCGCGGGUUCAAGAUUUCUAAAACUCUAUAUUUAUACAGUGACAUAUACUCAUGCCUUGUACAUUUUUAUUAUAUAGGUAAUAUGUGUAUAGAAAGUCUGUAUUCAAAUGUUCGUAAAUGAAAGUAUGUAUAUUAUGCAGAAACAGUCUGUUCCCCCUCAUCUUGCAAUUCCUUUGGGGGAUGCAGAUUGUAGGGAAGAUGUUUAGUCUGGCCUUGAAAUUAUGAUAUCGCUGCCCAGGGCUGUUUUCAAAUACAAUAUAAAAACCAUCUAGGAAGCUGCUGUUGCUCUACAGCCAUCCUGCUUUGGUUUGGCUCAGCCUCUAGUCCAUUUUCUUAAGGCUCAUGUAUGCAGAUUUGAAGCCUGGUGCUCACCUGCUGUCCAACCAGAUGCCUUGCUUACUGAAAGCCUCCAGAAGCCUCAGUAUUGUUUUAGUCACUCCAAAAUGGAUAAAAUGAGACUGAGUGAGGAAAAAAAA